ACACAGAAGCACCGAGCAGGGAAGAGGGUCUCCCACAUUGGAGUUGCCGCCCCCUCCCUGCUGAGCCCACAGAGAAGACAGAACAUGUGGAAGAUGACUAUGAAAGCUUUGAUGAAGGAAGCAGCUAUGGCAGGAUCCCAUUUUCUUCUGAAAGGGAGAAGCCAAAGACACAAGCAGAACAUCCAAGCCCUGGUGUUAACUCUUUUACAGCUGAGCCGGCCUUCACUCCUGCCUCCUGGAAAGGCUUUUGGAGGAGAAAUGGCAUACUUGUGGUCUUGGCUCUUGUUGUUGGCUGUCUCGUAAUGGACAUGAUUCUCCUCUCACAACAUGCUGCCAUGUUUUCAGAGUUCAGGAAGAUGAAUUUCACUCCCACAACUGAAAUCUGUGAACCUUCAAUAGCCCUUCUGAAUAUUGAAGAAUUAAAGAGCACAUUUAUAGCAAAGUUCAGAACUUUAGAAAAUUAUAUUGAUCAGAAGUAUGAAGCAAGUGGUAGAAAAAUGGAGGGAGAAAUAUCCAGACUAGAUGAAGAACUGAGUGCAAUGAAAAACAGACAAGUUGUUUGCCCCACACCCAAACCUCUGCAAUGGGAAAAAUCUGGAGACAGUUACUACUAUUUCUCAGAUACUGCAGAACACUGGGAAGAGGCCAAAAAAUUAUGUGCUGCAGCUAACUCCUAUCUGAUCAUUAUAAACAGCAGGACAGAGCAGGAUUUUGUGGUUCGAAAAAUAAAGCAAAGUUCAGUCUGGCUUGGCCUAAGUGAUACAGAGAUAGAGAGAACUUGGCGCUGGGUUGAUGGAUCACUACUACAAGAACACAAUAGAUACUGGAGGCAUGGUGAACCCAAUAAUGCUGGUAAUGUGGAAAACUGUGCUGUCCUGUACAAAGAGAAAAACUGGAAUGACAUUCCAUGUGAUAAAAAUGUCCAUUUUGUGUGUGAGAAAAGUGCCCUCAAUUAAGAAAAUAAGCAGUACGUUUCCCUAUAUUUUAUGUUUGUUCCAUGUAGUUCCUUUCUUGUGGUUUGGCUGGAUAUUUCUUAAAUAGCUGCAGAUUUGGGUGGUUGAAGAUUAUUAUUAAACA